AUGCCGCUAGUCAACGGCAUGACAGAAAAUGACCAACAACAUCCCCACGUAAAACCCGGCGACGCACCCCCCUCAUAUACCUCCCCCAACCCAAACUUCAGUACCUCAACCCACACAUUCUACAACCCACACACCCAUCCUCCCGUCCCCCACGACCCGCACUACAUGACCUACGCCUACAACGCCAACGCCCAUAACAGUCCCUACGACCUACCCCACCCCCACCAACCCCCCCAAGAACUCGCCCUCACAAGCCCCACAACCGCACCAUCUACGCCUCAUCAAUUCCGCUCGCACAAAAGCAUGUACGGCCAUGUACGCGGGCCCUCUGAACUCUCGGGCGAACAUGCACUUAGUGAGUUGAGUUCAGGACCGCAGUCGCCAGAUAUGAGGGGGAGUGGAGUUUGGAAGGGAGGGAUGGGUGUAGGAGGCGGAGAAGAAAAGGUUAUGAAGAGUGGAUUUGGGAUUGCUGCACGGAACGCGGCGGGAGUUGGUCCUUUGAUCGAAGACCGGGACCGAAAUCAGCAUCAGACCCCGCACUGGGAAGAGACAUCAAACGUCUUCUCCACCGCCGCCGCGGGACUCAACGACGACUUCUUCUCCUCCACCACGGCACCCAACACCCUACCGCACAUCCCGCUCCCAUCCUCCGUCUAG